AUGAGACGUGGGCUGGGCGUGAGGUGGGCAGCCGGAGACCAGGGUCCCCGCCGGGCCACGGACUUGCCGUGGGCGUCGGAGAGAAGUUCGCUUUUCUCCCAGUGGGACAAAUGCUGGCCUCAGGUCACUCACUGCUCCAGCUCCCAAGGGACAAGACUCAGCGGCGCCCCCCAGGGUGGGGCAGCCUCCCCCCUCGGCCCCUCACCAGGUAGGCGGCAAUGCCGGCACCUAUGAGGAAGCCCGCGUAGACGUCCACGGGGUGGCUGCGGUACUGCGUGAUCUGGGUGAGGCCACAGACCCCCGCCGCGAUGGCAAAGGAGAACACCAGGAUGGGCUUCAGCAGCUUGGUGGUGUCCGAGAUGACCGAGUUGAAGUACAUCUGCAGUGGGGCAGACAGGGCGGUCAGGGCAGCUGGCCCCGGUGGGCGUCCAGGGCACGCGGCGGGGCCGCCCGGGACUCACCGACACGUAGACGGCAGCGAAGGCAGACAGGGUGGCGUGCUGGGAUGGGAAGGUCUUCCUGCAAGAGGCACCCAGGUGAGCCCCGCCGGGGAUGCUGCCUCCGUUUCCCCGCACGCUCAACGUCCGGACUCACUCACCGUGCAGACAGGAUGGCGUGGGCGUCGUGGCCAGAGCAGAUGUCCUGCGUGAUGUAGGGGUUGGCCUCACACGACGUGCCCAGCAGGGUGUAGUUGGGCUUGCAGACCGUCAGGAAGAAGGGCGCGUGGUAGCCUGUGGCCAGCUGGAUGACGUCAGUCACCAGGGCCGUGGCACACAGGCCGAACACGUGGACGCCUGCGGGGUGGGAGGGUGAGCUCCUCGCUGGCCUCCACGUAGGGCAUGGAGAGCGUGCGGUCGUGGCACUGGAAGCCCACCUUGGCCGGCUUGAAGAGGUCCGUCAGCUCCAGGAAGUAGAGAGACACGAUGGAGGACGCCACUAAGGGCAGCUGCGGAAAGAGGGCUGGCCAGGGUCACGCCACGCUCGUGCGUGGAGUCAUCCGCCCCGGACUUGAGUCCCUUCGCUGACUGAUCCCCCGAUCCGCGUGUCCAAGCGGCUGUUCACCCACUGAUAGGCUCAUCCAGCAGUCCAGCGACCCACCACCUGUCCGUGUAGCAGCCACAGGUCCGUCCAUCCAGCGGAGCCACUCCUGCACCCAUAAUUCACUCAUCAACCCACCAGUCAUCCCAUACAUCAACACUCCUUCCAUCUGUCCACCUGUCAUCCAUCCAUUCACCCAGGCUGCCUGCCUUCCUUCCAUCCAUCCAUUCACUCUUGCAUCCACCAAUCAACCCACGCACCCAUCCACCCACAUAUUCACCCAUCCAUCAUCUGUCCAUCAACCCACCCACAUCCAUUCACGCAUCCAAUCAUCUUCCAUCAUCCAGUCAUCAGCCCACCUCCAUUCAUCCGCUUAUGCUCCCUUUCUUCCAUCCAUCCAUCCCUUAUUCAGCCGCUCAUACAUCCAUCCACCCACGCGCCCAACCAUCCAUCCAUCCAACCAUCCAUCGUCUUCCAUUAUCUAUCCAUCAAUUCACCAUCCAUCCACUCAUUCUUCCUUCCAUUCAAUCGUCCCUCCACCCACCCACCCAGCCAUCCAACUAUCAUCCAUCCAUUCACCCACACUUCCUUCUUUCCUUCCAUCCAUCCACCCACCCAUUCAUCCACCCAUGCUUGCUUCCUUCUUUCCAUAUACACCCACUUACCCAUCCAUCUAUCCAUCAUCUUCCAUCAUCCAUCCAUUCUUCCAUUAUCCAUCCUUCCAUCCAUCUCUAUCCACCUAUCCACCCAUUUACUCAUGCUUCUUUCCUUCCAUCCAUCCCUUCAUCCUUCCUUCCAUCCAUCAACCCAUCCAUCCAAAUACCAAUCCACCCACCCUCCCACACACCCAUCAACCCAUCCAUCCAACACCCACUCACCCACUCAUCCAUCCAUCAUCCAUUCAUCCAAAAACACCCAUCCAUCAACUUUCAACAUCUAUCCAUCCAUUUACUCAUUAUUCAUCUAUCUGAACACCCAUCCACCCACUCAUUCAGCCUCUCAUCAAUCCACCAUCUAAUCACCCAUCCAACCCACAUUCACUUCCUUCCUUCCACCCACCUAUCCAUCCAUUCAGCAACCCACCCACCCACCCAUCAUCCCUCCAUCCAUCAUCUUCCCAUAUCUGUCAAUCCACCAUCCAUCCAUCCACCCACCCGUCCUUUCUCCCAUCCAUCCACCCACACACAUCCAUCCAUCCAUUUGUCCAUCAUCCACCCAUCUACUCAUGCUUACUUUCUUCUUUCCUUCCAUCGACCUAUGCAUCUGUCCAUAUAUCCAUCCACUUAUGCAUUCAUCCAUCAACACACCCACCCGUCCAUCCAUCCAUCCACCACCCACCUACCCAUUCAACGAUCACCAUCCUUUCAUCCAAAUACCCGUCCCGUCCAUCAUCUUCCAACAUCUAUCCAUUUAUUCAUUAUUCAUCUGACCAUCCACCCACUCACCCAUCCUUCCUCCCAUCAAUCAUCCAUCCAUCCACUUACUCAUCCAUAUUCCAUCCACCCCCCCACCCACCUAUCCAUCAUCUUCCACCAUCCAUCCAUCCACUCAUCCAUCCAUCAUCCCAUGCAUCCACUCAUCCAUCUAUUCAUCCAUCAUCCAUCCAUCCUCUUCCAUCCUCCAUCCAUCAAUUCACCAUCAAUCUAUCUGCUCAUUCUUCCUCCAACCUAUCCAUCAACCCACACAUCCACCCAUCUAUCUAUCCAUCCCCCCACCUACCCACCCGUCAUCCAUCCACCCACCUACACUUCCUUCCACUCUUCCCUUCUUCCUUUCUUCCACCCACCAAUCCUUUCACCCAUGCUUGCUUGCUUGGUUCCUUCCUUCCAUCCAUCUACCCUCACAUCUAUCAUCUAUCUGUCACCUUCCAUCAUCAUCCAUCCAUCAAACCACCAUCCAUCCAUUCACUCAUCUUUCCUUCUAUCCAUCCAUCCAAUCAUCUUCCAUCAUUCAUUCAUCAAUCCACCGUCCAUUCAUUCAGCUACUUACGCUUCCUUCCUUCCAUGGAACAUUCCCUCCCACCACCCACCAUAGGUAGGUACAUCCACCUACACCUCCUUCCUUCACGCCUUCAUUCUUUCCUUUCACUCAUUACCCACCCAUCCAUCAUCCAUCAAUCCAUCAUCUUCCAUUAUCCAUACCUCAGUCCACAGUCUAUCCACCCACCCAUUCAUCUAUCUACCCAUGUUCUAUCCAACAUCCAACCACCUACCCAUGCUUCCUCCCUUCCAUCCACCCAUCAAUCCACCAUACAUGCAUCCACUCAUCCUUCCUUCUUCCCAUCCACCACCCAUCCAUAAAUCCACCAUCCAGCCAUCCAUCACCCAUCCAUCCCCUCAUCCAUCAAACAUCCAUACGUCCAAACACCCAUCCAUCAACUUCCAAAAUCCAUCUAUCCAUUUAUUCAUUUCACACCCAUCUGACCACUCACCCACCCACCCAUCCUCCCAUCCAUCCAUCAUCUUCCGUCAUCAAUAUACCUCCAUCUACCCACCCAUCUAUCCAUCCACUCACGCCUCCUUCCUUCCUUCCUUCCACUGACUCACCCAUCCACCCAUCCUUCCACCUACUCACCCACCCAUGCACCCAUUCAUCUCGCCACCCAACCACUCAUCCAUCCACCCCUCCUUCCUUUCAUCCACCCCUCCUUCCUUUCAUCCACCCAUCCUCACAUCCAUCCAUAAAUCAACUAUCCAUCCACUUACCCAUCUAUCUUAUCAACCCAUCCAUCCACUCAUCCAUCAAUCAUCCAUUCAAACACCCAUCCCUCUGUCCAUCAACUUCCAAUAUCCUUCUAUCCAUUUAUUCAUUUGCCAUCCGUCCAACCACCCAGCCGGCCAGCCACCCACCCAUAGUUCCAUCCAUCCACCCAUCCAUCAUCCAUCCACCCCCUCACAACUUCAUUGAUUUCUCUCCUCCAGCUACUGUUGCUAUUUUGAACCACCUAGAAACAACAGACAGGUUCCUGCCUCUGGGCCUUUCCUCUCAGGGAUGGAUGGAUGCACUUAGACACCCCUCUAGGGUCCUGGCCCUCCUUGGAGACCCCCUUCCUGGCACCAGUCUCUGCAUCCCUUGCACUGCUUUAUUUUUUCUGCAGCCUGUACCCCUGCAUGCCAACUUCACACUCAGCCCUGACAACAUGGGCAUCUGGCCCAUGGCAGA